GAGUAAUCGCUGUCUGGUUGAAGUUUGUCCCUCUGCAGCUACGGUUACCCCCUGACGUCACUCAGCUAGCCGUGAGUGGCUAAACAACUCAUUUGUGUCUGGCCAGUUGCUAUAAAAUCGUCUGCCUGUUGAGCUUAGAGAUAUUCUCUGACGCACGAUACGUUUUUAGUCCUGUUGCUGCUUGGGUAUGUGGUUCUCCUGUGUCAAAGUGUUUUACUGAUUGCCAGACGCUUCCGGGUAAUCGCGCUGUGUAUUGCUGAAGGUCCUGGGCAAAGCACACACCGGGUAGCUUUACCACAAUUUACUAGCAUCAAGAAGGUAUUAUUUGUGUAUUUUAUUGUUAACUAUAAUGUGGGUGUCGUUGUUGGGAUAUAUGCUUUUUAAUGCACACAUUUGCACACAGGUCUGGGGCAAAGUACCCGCCGUGUAGCUGUAACGUUACUGCCAGACGUUUCCGGGUAAUCGCGCUGUGUGCUUUUGAAGGUCCUAGAAGGUAAAAAGUUUGUUUAUUGUGUUAUGAGUAGAUCCAGUGUGUUAGGACUAAAAGCUUUUGAACACAUGUACAAUGAGUCUGAUUGUGUUGCCCUGACAUAUUAGUAUUAGCGUAGCUGCUCACAAGAGAGGUUCCUGGUUCCGUCCCCACACCCUGCACCACGUAUUGUAGUGGUAAAUUGCACUUCACAAUCUUGUUUGAAUCAUCGGCUUGUGGUGGUGUGUGCGUGUGCGUGUGUGUGCGUGUGUGUGGAUGCAUGGGAUCGUGGGCUCCAGGUUCCAGAGCACGGGUGGUGAACGUCACGCGUAUCUCGGACAGGUAACCUGCCUUGCCAGCGAAUCAGUAUUUUCUAGUUUAAUUGGUAAUCAUACAUUGUCCCCUGUAACAGCUAAUGCCAGGUCUAGUCUCUAUUAGUAAUGUGUCUCUAGGAUGACGGUGUGGCUCUUUUAAUGAUACCAUUGUAUAAUAAAGUUUUGUUACUGUUUUUCUACUGAGAACACGUCUCUGUCUAGUUCAUCUUAUGUGUACUUCGACGAAUCUGCUCGCCUUAAAUCAGGUAUUUAGCAGUUCAGGUGUAAAGUAUAUCCUGGUGUGAGAGGCACCAGGUGGCGUAGUCCAGAACCUUUAAAAUCUAGAUCUGUUCAAAGCACCGAAUGGUCACAAAGUGGCGUAGUCGGCAGGAUUGUUGCACACAGAGACGUGUCUUUUUUUUUUAUUUUCUUUUCUUUCUCUUUUUUUUGUUUUAUGUAUAUUUUGAUUUUCAAGGCAUAGUAGUCGGCUAAGGGCAAAGCAGCAGUGGGCACGGCGUGGGACCUAAAAGAGCAGUGGGCAGACCACUGACUACCCCACCGCCUCUCUUGUAACGUGGGCAUUACUCCGCUGCAGCAAUGGACGAAGUUGAACAGCUGAGAGAACAGAUCCGUCAGCUGCAGGCAGAUAAUGGCCGCCUGCAGCAGCAGCAACCACCGCCGCCUCAGCCGGACAAUUCCGCCAACCCUGCUAACCCUGUGUCCCAUGAACGGAUGAUGUAUCUCCCUAGGGAACGGAAGUGUCCUGUAUUCCGGGGUAGGGUGGGUAUUGACAUUGUGGAGUGGGUGGAAGAGGUGGAGGUCUGUGCGCGUACUAGACGUUUGGGUGCACUUGACAAAGCUUAUUUUAUGUUUGAUCAUCUGGAUGGGGAGGCUAAAGAUGAGAUUCGCUAUAGGCCAAGGGCAGAUCGGGAAAACCCGGAAAGAAUUGCAAAUAUUCUCAAAGAACUUUAUGGGUGUUCCCAGUCUUAUGUUGCCUUACAAGAAAGUUUCUUUUCUAGAAAACAAUUAGACGGUGAAUCUUUACAAGAAUAUUCACAUGCUCUCUUUUCUCUGAUGGAUAAAGUUAAACAGGUCUCCCCUGAUUCAGUACCCCAGUUUGACAUGUUGCUCCGUGACCAGUUUGCAGAGCACGUUAUUGACUCGGACCUCCGCAGGGAGUUGAAGAGGCUUGUCCGUCAGACCCCAGGGAUGUCCAUGCUAGAAGUGCGUGCUGCUGCCAUCCGGUGGGAGUGUGAGGGCAGGCCCAGUGACUUCAAUAGGGGUAGGAGUCAUUCAGUUCCCUCUCUUUGCGCUAUGCAGUACUCCAAGACUCAGCCAAGCAGAGCUUCAUCGCCCAUUAGUAUGGCAAGUUCAGGAAUGGCAGAGCUGCGGUCUAUGUUGCUGAAGCAACAAGAACAGAUCAACCACUUAACUAGUGCCUUAACUACUUUGCAAGGAGUAGCUCGCCCAGCCUAUUCCAAUCGUCCCUCUCUAGUUAGUCGGCCGUCAACUGUCAUUUGUAGGCGAUGCUUAAAACCUGGCCACUACGCUCGAGAGUGUAACAAUGAGAGAGUAGUAGCUCCUAAUUACAUCCCCCAGGCCCAAGCUCAGGCUAAUGUUGUCUCAGUUUCUCAGUCGGAAAACUAGCUCCCUUCAGCGUGCAGAGCCACACGCUGAGAGGGGAUGGUAGCGGCUCUCAGAAUCAGAAUACUCUUAGUCACCCUGUAACCUCCCUUGUCGCUCAGUCCCCGAAGGUAACUGUGAGAGUAGGGGGAGUAGUUGUCAGUUGUCUUUUGGACACAGGGUCUAUGGUAUCUACCUUGGUAGAGAGUUUCUUUGUGCAACAUUUCAAGGAUAAACUUCAACAGUGUAAUUGGUUGCAGCUUCGGGCUGCAAAUGGUCUAGACAUACCCUAUAUCGGGUAUGCUGAGCUAACGGUUGAAGUAUUAGGGAAGGUAAUCCCCCAAA